CGUAGAUUGUCUUCUGUGGACAAAGACGACAUGGCACAAAGUGAGUAAGAGUGAUGUUGUGAGUUUGUAAGUGAAUGUAAUAUUGAGUGUUAGGUUUAUGAGUUUGUUAAUUAAUGAAGUAAUGUAGUGUUGCAGCUUGUGUAGAGUGUAAGAGAUGAGAGGAAGACAUGAACGGGUCGUCAAGGAGGACACAUAGACAAAGAGAGAAGAAAAGUGAAUUUAGACAUUGUGAAUUGAAGUCAAUGUCUUUAGUUAAGUGGAGAGAAGUGAUGAGAGUGGAGAAGCACGACUUUAUACGAGUCUUUGUGUUGCAUUUGUGAAUGUUAAUAGAUACGGUCAGAUGUGGUCGUUGCAAGCAUGUUUGUUCCCCUAGUGUUUGUUGUAUUAAUGCAACUGUCAGAUUAUUGGUAAUGUGGACAUGAGGGCUUUGUGUCACAUUUGUAAAUUGGUUGUACGUGUAUGUUUGUGGGAAAGCAUGGAUGUCAGUGUAUUGGAUGUCAGAGUAACGAGGUCUGACUAUGUGCUGAUGUUAGAGUGUGUGUGUAUUUAUGAUGGAAAAUUGCAGUCGUGAUUAUGAUGUUUGCUGCUUUGGAUUUUCCAAUCCAACAUUUAUUUAUUAAAUAUGAAAUAUUGGUUUGUGAUAUUUUGUUUUGUAGAAAUUGAAAUUUGUUGAUAAAAGAUUUUACAUUUUAUGCAUCAAUAUGGCUUUUAAAAUAUUGAAAUCAAUGACUGUUUAAUAAAGUGUUGUUGUUGUGUAGCUUAUGCUUAUUUGUCACGUUGCCUUCUCUCUCAAUGUCUAACAAAAGAAGCAGAAGAUGUGAUGAGAGAAGGUUAUGUUUUAGCAAUAAGAACGGAUAACAAUGGUGUGAAAGCAGAAGCUGCUACUCUAUUGGCUUAUGCAAUUCAUCUAAAUGAAGGAACAGAAGAGGAAGUGAAAAAAUUGUUACAACAGGCUGAUGGAUGGAUUCAAAUGGUGGUAGAAGGACGAAACAAGGCACGUGUGUUGAGUGAAAUGGGAGAAGUAUUGGUGAUAAGGGGUGACUACAAGGGUGCCGAUAGGAUACUGCAGGAAGCAGCAACAAUACAAAGACACAUUUUACCAACCAACCAUUGGGAGACUGCCUUAACUCUUUAUCGUAUGGCAGAGUGUCAAGUUAAACAAGACCAACAAAUGGCUGCUUUGCCAUUGUUCCAUGAGUCAUCAGAAAUGAUGAGUAAAUCAAUAGGUGUGGAACACCCAAUAAGAGGAAGAACUUUAUUUGGUGUUGCUAAAGUCCUUUUGAGACAACAGAAGUGGCAAGAAGCAGAAACCAUCCUAAAGGAAAGUGUCAAUAUUUUCCAUCCCACAACAAGUGCAGCAAUUCGAGAUCUGAACUAUUGCUUACGAAUGCUAAAGAAAGAUCAAGAAGCAGUCGACAUUUUACAACAACAUCAACGAGUUGUUUCUUAUCAUCAAGUCGAGCAUCAAGCAAGUGCAUUUCAAGUUGAUGAUUUACAAAGAGAGUUGGAGCAACUCAGAGAAAGCAAUCGAGCCAUUCAAGCAGAGAAAUAUGCUUUACAGCAGCUAUUGGCUGAUCAGGAGGCUGUAACUCGUGCCGUGACUGAUGAGAAUGAACGUCAAGUGGAAGAAGUAAGGAGAUUGCUGCAGCUCAUGCAGGAACAAGAUGAAAACAACAAACGACUACAGAACCAACUCAGCACACUGACAGAUCAGUUGGAUAACAAGGAGAGACGGCUGCAACAACAGGAAGGAGAAAUUGAUGUUUCGAGGCACGAGGUGCAAGAGGAGCACACGACUAAUGAACGUCUGGCAAGAGACUUGCAACGAAGUGAAAGAGCAAUGCAGGAACUGGAGAGACUUCAACAUCAAUAUGACAGCCUUAUACAGAUCCAUGAUGACAGUUUACAAAUGACUGGAUUAAAGUUGGGAACAGGAGGUUAUGGAGAGGUUGGUGUUGGCAUGUGGAGUGGUGUAGGAGUUGCUGUCAAGACAUUUCAUGAAGAACCGGUUAGAGUAACUGAUUUCAAUAUUUCAUUGAUUCGACGUGAAGUGUCGGUGUCCAGUCGUGUCCAUCACCCCAAUGUCGUAUCCAUCUGUGGAGCUAUCGUUGAGAAUGAAGUUCCUCUUCGUAUCGUCAUGGAGCUUUUGGAAGGAUCACUGAAAGAUGUGAUCAACGCUGCUUUGAGAAGCAGAUAUCUGUCCAUGAGGGAACAAGUGGAUAUAGCUGUGGGAUGUCUGUGUGGUGUGAUGUAUCUUCACCAGCUGCAGCCUGCUCUUCUUCAUGGAGACAUUCGUUCUACCAACAUUCUCAUCAGCAAGACCAUGCAAGCCAAAAUCGGUGAUCUGGGCUCUUGUCGCUUCUCUAACGAGUCACUUUCUGUUGGUCCUCUCAGUCCACAAUACAUUGCACCAGAACGAGUUGUGGAAGGUCGUGCAGCGGCCCCAAGCAACACAACAGAAGCCGACAUGUACAGCUUGGGAGUCACGUUUGUUGAGUUAUUCACAGGAGUUGCUACAGAGAGGAAAUUACGUGAGAGGCAGUUUCGAGCUGUUCCUUAUGUUCCACUGCAGGACAUUUGCUAUGCUAUGGCAGAAGAGAAUCCACGUGAUCGCAUUUCUGCAGCAGCAGCUCUCAUGCAAGUGAAUGCAGUGAAGCAGAAUGAUGAGUACACUUCCUGUCCUCCCAAAAGGAUGGUGAAAGGCAAGAAAUACAAAGAAGACAAAGUGACACUCGUAGAGAUGCCGUGGAUGUGACUUAGGAGCAGAUAAUUGUGAUGUAUUUGUUUGUCUGUUUGUCUCAAUUCGUCCAACUUUGCUGCUUGUUAUAAAUGCCAUAGAUGAUGUUGCAUGUGUGUAGUCUGCUGUGCAAUAUGAGUUGACAUUGAACUUUUUGAUAGUCUAGCAGUCAGUCUCACAGUUUUUACAGUUUGUGUUGAUGUGAACUACAGCAAAACGUUUGACUCUAAAUUAAGCUUUUUAUAGACAUUUAAAUGUUGUUUGUCAGUUGUGUAUGUCAGUGCUGCAGCUAAAUGUCAGUCUAUUGUAAUAAAAAUGAUAGAACUUGCCUAUUCA